AUGGCCAUUAUCACCCAAUUUACGGUAUUCCCCAAGCUUUCUUAUGAUUUGAGGGCUAUGAUCUGGGAUUUGGUUUCUCAACAACCUUGUCGAAUUCAAUUUGGACACUAUAUCGUUCGUAAGACAAAACUUUCCAAGGGUAAGGACAAUGAGCUUGUCUCUGAGAGGGAUCUAUUCUUCUCUGGCAAGCAUCCUGAUUAUCCCCGCCCUUGGAGGUUGAAGGCUGAAGCCAGAGUACCUUCUGUGCUUAUGACUUGCCAGGAAUCUCGCUAUUGGGCAAUGAAGCAUUAUCAUUUGGAGUUCAAGGAUCAGUUGUAUACCAAGGCUCUAUGGUUCAACCCUAAAGUUGAUAUACUGGUUUUCAAUACGCAUACUGCAUUGCUUGUAUUUGUUCGGGGAGGUUGCACCUUUGGCGGGCUAGAUUCGCGUUUCACGGACAGCUCUAAAAUGCCUGUCGUGGAGAGAGUAGUUUUGCUUGAAUCUCUUCGAACGUAUAUGUACAGUGUUGCCACGGAGACUACAAAGAGACUCCCUCACUUGAAGUCGCUCGUUGCGAGAACCGAUGGCGUUCGUUCCGAUGCCGUUUUGUGCUACAGUGAGAAUUUCUUAUCUGGUGGAGCAGUUUUGCCUUCUCUUCGUGUCCGAAUGAAUCAUCUAUGGCAUUCUGAUGAGUGGAGGGCAAUCAGAGCUUACAGUCAAAUGCCAGAAUUGCAAAUUCUGACGGUAGAUGAGAUGUUGGAUGCUGGUUUGGCAGAGCCAUUUGGUCCUUCCAAUAAACCACCUAAGCGUCGAAGAAGAAAUCUCAAGGUAGAUCAAAAUCAAAUGCCACCAGUUCGUCAAUCAGAUCGAAUCAAGUCUAUGGAGACAAAAAAUUAUUUCGAAGACUGCGAAGACUAGAUAAAUGCAAAGAAAAUGCUCUCAUUCAAGACCCUACUUUACAAAGGGACGGUGGACUUUGGAUCCUGCGUUUCGUCGUACAAUCUACCACUCUACUCGAAGCGUCUCAGAGCGGCCUGUUAUUUUGAAAGGUUCUUUCUUCAUUGACAUGCUUGGAUCAACUGCUACCUCUGAAUGAAAAUCCUCUUUGCUUAUCCAGUCGAUUUAUUCAAUAAUCAAGCAUUAUUUCUUUGCUCCGCCUUCUUUGCACAGCUACAUCCACAACACCUCGAAAUAUCCCAUUGGUUUUCCUACUCGCAAUUACAAAGAACCCAGCACUUGCGUGGUCUUGGACCCUUCCAGACUGCUUUUUUACGACGUUCUUCCCGUACCACUUGUAGCUGCUCAAAAGCCUAUCAUGCUGCAGUUGUGUUUUCCAUGUGCCAGAAAAUCUCGACAGUUCUCCUGCGGCAAAUCUUUCCUUCUUACGAAUCGAGACUCGCUUCUGCCAACGCACUUCAUAUAUUCACGAUCGUCGCCGGUGAUGGCAACAAAGCAACUUGCACAACAUGAAUUACUGGGGGGUUGGGGAUUUCUCUUUUCAGAAAGUGGUACGAUAUGCAACCGCUGGGUGAUUUCAUGUCAACACGUUUAGUCAGGAUGGCUGAUGUUGGAUUCAAUCCUAGUUAUUCUAUUCUUCGUGGUUGGUUUUUCUCUUAGAAUAUGAUCCGCUGGGACCCUGAGCGGAUGAUGUUUUUUUGCAAUACGGCGUUGACCGGUAGAGAAAAGAAAAGUGUAAUGGGUUCUUAAGUUCUUUUCUUGAAAUCAAAAUUGCAUUCUACC